AGUUUAGGACCUUGAAGAAUAGUCUCCCGACAAACACACACACACACACACACACACACGCCUAGGCAGCAUUCCACACUGAAGCCCCCGAUGCUGCGCUCAGAGCUCCGGGAUCCGCGCCGCUCCAAGGAUGUUCCUACCGGAUGUGGCCGCUCACUGCGCGCUCCUGUUCGGGUUCACCUGCCUGGCCGCUUUCGCUCACACUUCCCCGCAUUUCUCAGGUUACCUGUUGCAUGUGUUGCGUAACUACACAGACGAGGUGUGUGAUGGUGAGCUCCUGACUGUACGCUGCCCUCCAAAAACCACCAUCACCGUCCAAUCGGCUUUCUACGGCAGGAGAAGCUCCACCCACUCCUUGUUCUGCCCCCCACCAUACAGCAUCAGUGGGCCACGUCCACAGAGUGGGGUCACUUUGUGUCACCUGGCAACGGCUCUGCGGAAGAUGACAGACGAGUGUGAGAACAGGAGGAGUUGUGAAGUUUUGGUGAACAGUCGGUUGUUUGGAACAGAUCCGUGUCCAUCUAUCGGCAAAUCCCUCACUCUGCAGUACAAAUGCAGACCUAAUGAGUAUAAGAGUAAGGUGGUGUGUGAGGGGGAGAAGAUGAGGGUGAGCUGUAAGACAGGGAUGCAGAUCGCCGUUUUCUCAGCCAUGUUUGGACGUACGCAGGAGGGGACACUGGAGUGUCCUCCACACCACCGGAGGGCGCCAUCUGUCGACUGUCAUUCAGAAGGGGCCCUGCAGGUGAUGACAUCACGUUGCCAAGGGAAACGCACGUGUGUGGUUCGAGCCUCUGCGCAGGAGUUCGGGGACCCCUGUUAUGCCGGGACUCGCAAAUACCUCAGUGUUAUAUACACCUGUGUUCCUACAAAGCUCCUGCAGGAUUCAGGCGAGACCCCCUCUUUUGCUCCGCCCCCUUCCCAGCCGCAUGACCCCAACGUUGUUGGAGACAGCGCUGACCCUGAAGGGAACCCAUCCGUGACCUCUGUCCCUGCACCAGGAAAAUCUAAAGGAGACAGGAAGUCUGGUGCUGACUCAGAGCAGGAAAUCCAUUCUGAAGACCGACCUGGACAGGAAGUAAAGACAGAAAGGGACAUCAAUUCAGAGACGUCGUCUAGACACCCAAAUCCUGCCAUCAGCACUGUGUUCAGGAGCAAGAUGGCGCUCAUCAGUAACGGCCUCGCUGCUUACACCUACAUCACUGAGCACCCAGAGCGCUGUGCGCUGUACUUCAUGUGUGGAGUGUGUGUCGGUCUGUUCCUCACACUCUUCGCCCUGGUGGUGCAGAUCUCCUGUCGGACGGAGUGUAAACAGCGGCAAGUCGUCCCAAAAAAACGCCCUCGACCUGCUGACUCUGACUCCAACUCUGACUCUGACUCAGACUGGGAUUCUGGCUCAGACCUGUCGUCACGGCGACGGCGGCGCUUCGAGCGCACCCUGAACACCAACGUGUUCACCUCGGCGGAGGAGCUAGAGCGAGCUCAGCGACUAGAGGAGCGGGAGCGAAUCAUCCGCGAGAUCUGGAUGAACGGACAGCCUGAUGUCCCGGGGACACGGAGCCUCAACCGCUACUACUAACACACACACACACACACACACACACACACACACACAGCUAAGAGUUCUGCGGAUGUUUCUGGGAACAUUUACAGAGAACAUAAACUGUAACCUCGCACUGAAAGUGUAUGUGCCUGCUAACACUUAACCUCCAGAGGUCAAAGGUCAUGCUGAUAUGACCGGUUCCAUAAAAUCUAGAGGAUGGCAAAGCUAAUGGGAGACAAAGGCCAAGUGGAGGAGAGCAGCUAAUAUUUUAAUCCUAACCCUAGGCAGCUCUGAAGGAGCUCCAGAACUCUGAUUGGUCCGUUCCUUCUGCCUGUCAGUUCGGGGGCGUGACUGUAGAGGACGAGACUGAAGACCACCAGAACAUUUCCUGAUGAUGAACCUGAAAGCAUCAUUAAUUGAGGAGCACGUUAGGGUUGUUUUGUAUGCUAGCUGGAUGACUAGCUACACGUACGUCAGAACGCUUCAUGCUACAACCCGCAUUCUAACACAACCGGCCGAACGGAGCCGCCUUUAAAAAAAACUUCUACCUUUUUAAAAAAAAAAACAGAUAUAUAAAUAUAAAUAUAUAUUUAGUGAGAGAAAUGCUUAGAAUCCGUCUCAGCUAUUAUAAAGAAUAUAUUUUGAAUAUUUAAUAUUUUUUAAUUGUUUAUUUUUUUUUCCCUGACAUUUUUAUACCGUGGCAGCGUUUGGAUUUUGUAUUUUGUUUGUGAUUGACAGCUCAGGGAUGUAAUCCGAGUGUUUCUGUGUAAAACCAUUCUCACUAUUUUAUUCUUAAAGAAAAACGGGAUGUGCUUUACUGCAAAAUGUUCUGAUCUAUAAACCUCAAAGAGGUUGUGUUUGGUUUUUGUGCGUGAACAGAUUUGAUGGGUGGGAGUGGGGGUGGGAGAGUCGCGUGCCUUAUUCAGAAAGCGUAAAGUUUCCUACAUUCACACCCGCGGUGACGUGGCGUCCACGACGGUUUCCUGCGAACGGAACAAGAGCAACUUGUGGAGGCUUGUGAUGUCACACAACUUUAAAAUUCAGUAACUACCAGCAUAUGGGGUGGGACGGCCACUGAAACCAUGGCAACGGGCUAAAGACAGUACACACCGACAGGAGACGGUGGAAAAGGUGAGGUGAAAAAGAAGAGAAAAGGUCACGUGGUUGAUGUGACGCGAGGGUGAGAACAGCAAUGUUGUUCAUCCGCCGUCAUUGCAACCGGGUUUCUUAGACGUUCCCAUCGCUGACGGUCCUUCAGCUUAUAAAGGGAACAUGCAGCUGAUGUGAUGGGCUGUUACAGUAAGCCUAACCACACACACACACACAAACACACACACACACACACAGCUGUGAAAUAAAGCUGAAGCUGUAGAAAAGCGAGUGUAUUUCUGUCACCAACACAAUGAUGUUCUGCCUUUACAUCUAUUUCGGUUCAGUCGCCUGAGUAACUCAAGCACACUACGACAUAAACGACGGCUGCUUGAUGAAGAGCCUUGUGUUAGGUGUGUGUGUGUGUGUGUGUGUGUGUGUGUGUGUGUGUGUACUGAACAGGAGUGUUUAUUAAAGAGUUAUUCACUUCCCACAGGGACGAUUUGUCUGACAGGAGAAGAAACGAUAAAUGAGACAGGCUGGGGUUUUUCCCCCACUGUGCAUAUCAACACGAGAGGAGGCAGAAGCGAGACGUGUGGAACUGACAGUGUGGACUUUUCCAUCCAUCCUUUUUUUUUGUUUUUGUUUUUGUUUUUUUUUUGUUUUAAAGUUGAAAACUUGACUGGAAAAAAAAAACCUGAAUUCAAAUGUUGGUUAAAGUCGAGUUUCUUGUUGCAGCAACAUUUCUACAUGCAGCUAAACACAAAUAUAACCAAAGAGGAUAGAUAGUGUGUGUCGUUAGGAAGACGAAAGCAACGUUAAUGUCGAAAGCACUUAUUAAAGAUGAAGAAAAACAAACAAAAUCUUUAAGUCCCAU